AUGGCAAACACUUUUAACAUUGUGUGGUCCGGUCCCAAGUUAGAUGGGAAACUUGAUUAUAGUUAUUGGGAGACAUUGAUGUCUACCCAUAUGAAGGCCCAGAACCUAUGGAAUUUCAUUGAACCGGGUUUGCAAGAAGGAGCAGAUGCUACCCAACAAAAGAGAGAUCAAUUGGCGCUAUCUCAAAUUCAUCAAGGAGUAGAUUAUACGGUGUUUGGCAAAAUAGCAAAUGCCAAAAGUGCAAAAGAAGCAUGGAACACGUUGAAGCUAUUAUACAAAGGCGUAGAUAAAGCUCAGAAAGCAAAGCUACAGUCUUUGAGAAGAGAAUAUGAAAGGUACGAGAUGUCUAGUUCAGAAACUGUUGAACAAUAUUUUACUCGUGUUACAAACCUUGUCAAUAAGAUGAGAGUCUAUGGAGAAGAUAUGCCCGAUAGCAAAGUGGUGGAGAAAAUUCUUCGCACCAUGCCGAUGAAGUAUGACCAUGUGGUGACUACGAUACUAGAGUCCCACGAUAUGGAUACCAUGACGAUUGCAGAGUUGCAAGGAACCAUAGAAAGCCACAUCAGUAGAAUACUGGAGAAAUCGGAAAAUCAAUCGAAGAAGCCCUGA